UCAACAUUUGCAGUGCGAGAAAUCAAGCCCAGACCUUUACACAGGAUGAGAGCUGCAUCUUACAACCAGAAGAGCUUGCAAGUUAGCAGCUCCAGAGUACGGGUUCAGAGCCCUUCGCCUUCCCGGCUCCGUGGAUCCUCGUAUGACAGCCGUGGACGCUCAGGGUAUAAUGGAAAAGCCAUCGAGGUGGGCACAGAGAUACACCAGCACCAUGCCAACGAGAAAGAGACAAUGCAAGAACUCAAUGUCAAGUUUGCAGGAUACAUUUCCAAGGUCCAGGCACUGGAACAGAAAAAUGCAACUCUUCAGGCUGAGCUGGCUGCAUUGCAGAACCGCUACAAGGGAAGCCCCACAGGUAUCGCAGAUGAAUAUGAGCUCAAGUUCAAAGAGGUGCGGGAGCUGAUUGAGAGCCUGACUAAUGAGAAGGGAGCAGCUGAUAUCGAACGGGGCUACAUCGAAGAGGAGGUGGAAGUGUGGAGACUAAAGAUGGAGGAGGAGCUGGAGCUCAAAGAAGAAGCAGAAAUGAUUCUGAGGGAGUUUCGCCAGGAUGUUGACAAUGCCACACUGCAAAAGGCUGAGCUCGAGAAGCAGAUUGAACAACUGGUGGCUGAGAUAGAGUUUCUGAAGAAGCUGCAUGAUGAAGAGGUGGCUGACAUCAUGAAGCAGAUUGAGGACGCAAAGAUUACCGCUGACAUGGACGGUGACCGUCCUGAUCUGGCUGCUUAUCUGCGCAACAUGCGUGCAGAGAUGGAGUCUGUUGCCGCCCGUAACGUCCAAGAAGCUGAGAAGUGGUACAAGGGCAAGUUCGACACCCUCAAGCAGCAUGCAGGCAAAAACGAAGAGAAGAUGAAGACCAUGAAAGACGAGAUCACCACCAUCCAUAACCAGGUGACAGACCUACAGAACCAGAUCGAUGGCUUGAGGGCUCGCAAUGCUGCCCUGGAGCAACAGUUGGUGGAAAUGGAGAUAUCCCACAUGGAUAAGGUGGGGAGUUUUGAGAGUAUCAUUGCUCAGUUGGAGGCCCAGCUCUGUGAAACCAAACUGGAGAUGACCAAAUAUCUUCAAGAUUAUCAGGAACUGCUGCAUAUUAAGCUCAAGCUGGAUGCAGAGAUCGCAACCUACAGGAAGCUGCUGGAAGGGGAGGAACAAAGGCUUGGAAUUACCAAAGAAGCCUAAAUAUCCAAGAUGAAAGCAGUGGCAAGUCCAGAACAGUCACACAGAAGAUCUGCAGUCCAUCAUGGCACAGAGAGAUCACUUCAACUGCUUCACAAAGACUAAUUCUUUUUUUCCUCUGUCUUCUCCUUAAUCGUGGGGCUGGUUAUUGUUGGACAUUUGAUGCAUGAGGCAAAACAUGGAGUACACACUCGUUCUGAGGAGAUGCUAGUUAUCAUGAUUGGUGUGUGGUGUUGGAUUUAACCAUGCGACUUCAAAUGAUUUUACCUGACUGACCAAAUAUUUCUGGGUAGCUUUCUUUCCUCCGUAGAGCUUUUGCUUUUUUUUUCUGCUUAAAAAAAAAGAAACUGUUCCUGGUACCAAAGAUUUAUUGGGUUUAUAAAACCCAGCUCUCAUUUCUCUUAGAUUUAUCAUCGACUUCACCAUGAAUUUUCUUGCUUUCCAGUCCCUUACAGUAGCCCUUACUGAACAUUUAUCACUUAGUUAACAUUACUCUGCUUUCUAAGAAGCCCACACUCCUUUUUAUGGUCUUUCCAUAUCUCAAGUGUUCCUCUCAUGUCUGUGUUGGGCAGGCCUCAUUUCUCCUCCUUCAAAUUUCUUCAGUCCUGCGAACACCUGCUAAAUUUACUUUUUCUGUUUUCCUGCCAAGUCAGCUCCAUUGUCAUACCACUGCCACUUCUCCGUGCUGUGGUUUCUCACCUCCUGAAAUUCCACUGCCUUUCUUGUUUUGGAUCAAUGCAAAUGCAGCCGAAUGUAUAACCAGUACAUACAUGUAUAACCUCAGUUUAUACCCAAUGUUAUGACAGGAUACACCUUUUUGUCCAUCACUAAUGUUGACCAACUAUUACUUAAUAAAGAUUGAAGCGAGUGCAUGCAAACAA